UUGGUGAACAGCAGGUGUGUUCGUAUGCGAUUGGUAGUUGGGUUUACACCUACUCCUCCACAACUGUAUACGGGAGCAAACAAACGCAAGUUGUCCAUGUCAAGGUGAGCGGAGUUGCACGACGCCAGUUCGCCAUGCUGACAGCACGGAGUGCCUACGCGGCCCUGGCUGCCAAGCAGCUGCUGAGACCGGCUGGUGCUUCACCUGUGUCGGACGGGCAUGUACGUCGGUUCGGGACGGCACCACCUUCGCGACCGAAAGAGCUGCACCCCAAAUGGGCCGACUUGGCCAAGAAACAGCUGAAAGGGAAAAACCCCGAAGACCUGAUCUGGCGCACCCCCGAGGGUAUAUCGAUCAAGCCCGUCUACACGCGCAGCGACUCCGAGGCGGUGGCCGAUGAACUGCCGGGCGUUUUCCCUUUCACGCGCGGCCCAUAUCCCACCAUGUACACCUACAGACCGUGGACCAUCAGACAGUAUGCCGGCUUCAGCACCGUGGAGGAGAGCAACAAGUUUUACAAGGACAAUAUCAAAGCUGGGCAGCAGGGCCUGUCAGUGGCCUUCGACCUGCCCACGCACCGCGGCUACGACUCGGACAACCCCAGGGUGCACGGCGACGUGGGCAUGGCAGGCGUGGCCAUCGACACGGUGGAGGACACCAGGCUGCUGUUCGACGGCAUCCCGCUGGAGAAGAUGUCCGUCUCCAUGACGAUGAACGGGGCGGUCAUCCCCAUCUUGGCCAUGUUCAUCGUGACGGGGCAGGAGCAGGGCGUUCCCCUGGAGAAGCUGACGGGCACCAUCCAGAACGACAUCCUGAAGGAGUUCAUGGUGCGGAACACCUACAUCUUCCCGCCAGAGCCCUCCAUGCACGCCAUCGCCGACAUCUUCGCCUACACCUCCAAGCACAUGCCCAAGUUUAACUCCAUCUCCAUCAGCGGGUACCACCUGCAGGAGGCUGGCGCCGACGCCAUCCUGGAGCUGGCCUACACCAUCGCCAACGGCCUGGAGUACUGCCGCACCGGCCUGAAGGCGGGGCUGUCCAUCGACGAGUUCGCCCCCAGGCUGUCCUUCUUCUGGGGCAUCGGGAUGAACUUCUACAUGGAGAUCGCCAAGCUGCGGGCCGCCAGGAAACUCUGGGCCACUCUGAUCAAGGAGAAGUUUCAGCCCAAAAACUCCAAAUCCCUGCUGCUCAGGACACACUGCCAGACCUCGGGCUGGUCCCUCACCGAGCAGGACCCGUACAACAACGUGAUCCGCACGGUGAUCGAGGCGAUGGCCGCCGUGUUCGGGGGAACGCAGUCGCUGCACACCAACUCCUUCGACGAGGCGCUGGGCCUGCCCACCAUCAAGAGCGCCCGCAUCGCCCGCAACACGCAGAUCAUCAUCCAGGAGGAGUCCGGCAUCCCCAAGGUGGCUGACCCCUGGGGGGGGUCCCACAUGAUGGAGUCCCUCACCACCGACGUGCACAACGCUGCCCUCGAGUUCAUCAGCGAGAUCGAGGCGAUGGGGGGCAUGGCGCGGGCCGUUGCCGAGGGGAUCCCCAAACUCCGCAUCGAGGAGUGCGCCGCCCGCCGACAGGCCCGCAUCGACUCAGGGUCAGAGGUCAUUGUAGGGGUAAACAAAUAUCGGCUGGAGAAGGAGGAGUCCGUGGACGUCCUGGCGAUCGACAACACCGCGGUUCGCAACAAGCAGAUCGAGAAACUGAAAAGGGUGAGAGAGACUCGAGACAGCGAGGCGGCGAAGAAGUGUCUCUCGGCCAUCGAGGAAUGCGCUCGCACUCGCCAUGGCAACCUGCUAGCGCUGGCGGUGGAGGCGGCUCGGGCCAGGUGUUCCGUUGGCGAGAUCACCGACGCCAUGAAGGCGGUGUUUGGCGAGCACAAGGCCAGCACGCGCAUGGUCAGCGGGGCGUACCGCAGCGAGUUCGGGGAGCACCAGGAGAUCACCAGCGCCCUCAACAGAGUCGUGGAGUUUAAGAAGCAGGAGGGCAGAAACCCUCGCCUCCUAGUGGCCAAGAUGGGACAGGACGGGCACGACAGGGGCGCCAAAGUCAUUGCCACGGGCUUCGCUGACCUGGGGUUCGACGUGGACAUUGGCCCCCUUUUCCAGACUCCCCUGGAGGUGGCGCAGCAGGCUGUAGAUGCUGAUGUGCACUGUGUGGGGAUCAGCACCCUCGCCGCCGGACACAAGACCCUCGUCCCCGAGCUCAUCAAGGAGCUCCGCAACCUCAACCGGCCCGACAUCCUGGUCAUCUGCGGGGGAGUCAUCCCUCCCCAGGAUUACGAGUUCCUGUAUGAAGAGGGGGUCUGCUGCAUCUUCGGCCCCGGGACCCGCAUCCCCCAGGCGGCCGUCGAGGUGAUCGACAACAUCGAGAGGAGCCUGGAGAAGAACCAACAGACCAUCUGAGAGGGCGGCCAUUUUACAGAUCGAUCUGAGACCGCGGCGAUUUCACAGUGUCAGAGACGGCGACCAUUUUAAAAGCAUCGAGUUUCGCCUCUCACCUGUUGCAAAAAGGAUCACACAUCACAGAAUCCAGGCCUACAGCACUUCACUAAUGAUGCUGCAUAUUAUGAUUUCUCCAAGUUUCAUACGUAGGAAAUAGGCCUAUCAAUAGUGCCUGUUGAUUUAUUUAAAUAAAAUUUAAAAAAAAAUUUUUAAUGUAACAUCUGGUUGAAAUGUAAAUCUACUUGAGUUGAGUGAAAUGUAUUUCAAGCUGUCGAAUCUUUUUUGGUUUUGGUUGGUUUAUAAAUAGUUGAUUAAAAGAACUUUAUUGGGGGGGGGUCUGUUCUGAGAUGGUGGGACAGAUUGGGAUGAGGCCAUCGUAUGGCUGUUACAGACGGUACAAAGCAAAUGCGGUCACAUCACAUGAAACCUAAAUUGUGUCCUUCAGUUCUACUGUCUAGAGGGGGCCAGGGUUUACCAUCAAUAAAAUAAUGUUCUAAGAUUGGCUUUUUCUUUCUUCAAGAAGCUAGUGAAUAAAUUACCGGUGUGUUUAAGACUUA